AUGUUAAGAGAUAUUUUUGAAAGUUCAAUCUUUGAAAGAAGAAUGAUACUUAUUAGUCCAUUCAAAGAAACGAAUAGUAAUUCAAAAUAUCAAAAUUCAUCAAACAAUUAUUUGAAUACAUUGUUAUUAGAUUUAAAGAUUCAACAAAAAAAAGUAGAUGAUGAUACUUGA